AUGGUUCUAUCUGGAAUUCUUGAAAUAUUCCAGUGGUAUUCCGAGCACAAAGUUGACAUUUCCACCAAGAGUUGCUGCAAAAAUCGUUUCCAUUUCCUUCACUCAACGAACAACAACAACAACAACAACCACAACAAAGACAACGACAACAACAACAACCACACCAAAAACCACAACAACGACGCCAACAAUGACACCAACAACGACACCAACAACGACACUAACAACGACGCCAACAACGACGACAACAACGACACCAACAACGAUGCCAACAACGACACCAACAACCACUACAACCACAACAACGGCAGCACCAAAGACUACUAUUGA